GGCUGUGAUAGGUCCAAAAGAGCGGCUGAAGGUGUGGUCUCACAAGGAAAGCAACACAACGUUGAGGUGGACACCAUAAAAUCUUCAGGGCACUCACCUGCUCUGUCAGAGUGACUGACUUGCACUAGGAAAUGACACGGACUCUCCUUUUGUGGAUCCUCAUCCUAAAUGGCUCGCUCAAGGCCUCAGAAAGCCACAGUGUUCAGGUGGAACAAAAGGAGAAAUACUAUGAGGUGGUUCGGCCUGUCAGACUGCACACAGUAAGAAAAAGAGAUGCUGAGAACUUCAGACCCCCCGUGAUUAAAUAUGCCAUGACUGUGGGAGGAAAAGACAUUGAAAUGCAUCUAGAAAAAAAUAAUGAACUUCUCACCAAAGAAUACAGUGAAACGUAUUAUCAAGAAGACGGAACUCAAGUCACCACAGUCCCACAUGACAUUGAUCACUGCUACUACCAGGGAAAGAUUGUGAACGACAGCGAAUCCUCCGUCAGCAUUAGCACUUGUGAUGGACUCAGGGGUUACUUAAGAACGUCUGCCCAAAAGUACCUGAUCGAGCCCUUGUCUGGUGGGGAUGAGGGAGACCACGCAUUAACAACGUUUGGUGAGGAGCAGGCUCCACCUCCGGUGUGUGGAGUUACCAACGUCAGCUGGAGUGAGAACCUCGAACCGCCAACAAGCCGCGUUCGAUCCAGAUUCGGGGGUAGAACUAUUGUCCAAGAACAGAAGUACAUCGAGCUCUUCCUUGUUGCUGAUAAUCGAGUGUACCAGAAGAUGAACAAAGACAUUCAAAAGCUGAGGCAGAGAAUAUUUGAAAUCGUCAACUUUGUCAAUCUGGCCUACAAACCCCUGAGGACCUUCAUUGCUCUGGUGGGUCUGGAAGUUUGGUCGAAUGGAGAUCAAAUCUCUAUCACCAACCCGGCUGGAGCAAAUCUGGAUGCUUUCACAAGGUGGAGGAACUCUGAGCUGAAAAAGAGGAAAGAUCAUGACAAUGCACAUCUCAUCAGUGGCAUUGACUUUGAAGGAUCAACUGUGGGUCUGGCUUUUGUUGGGACUUUGUGCACGGAUCACUCAGUUGGGGUGAUACAGGAUCACAGCAAUAACGUGAUUGCAGUGGGCGCCACGCUGGCCCACGAAAUGGGCCACAACCUGGGCAUGAACCACGACGACUCCAGCGCCUGUUCUUGUGCAGGAGACAGCUGCAUAAUGGCUGCUGCCCUCAGCUGGAAUGUUCCUCGCACUUUCAGCAGCUGCAGCAGCAGCACCUAUGAGCGCUACCUGACGGACCGCAGGCCCAGCUGCCUGCUCAACAAACCCGACUACAAGAGCUUGGAGACGCCACCGGUCUGUGGGAACGGUUUUAAAGAGGAGGGGGAACAUUGUGACUGCGGCACUGUCAAUGAGUGCACAAACCCAUGUUGCAACGCCACCACCUGCAAACUAACAGAAGGUUCACAAUGUGCUGAAGGACAGUGCUGUGAGAGCUGUAAGAUCCUGCCUCCCACCAGAGAAUGCCGCGGUAAGCAGGACGACUGUGACCUGGCAGAGAACUGCGAUGGGAGAAGCAACACCUGUCCGGAGGACGUGUUUGCCGUGAACGGGCUCCCGUGUGACGGAGGCCGGGGGUACUGCUACAACGGGCAGUGCCCACAGAGGCCAACCCAGUGUGUGAAGAUGUUUGGAGGAGGUGCCAAAGAAGCGGCAAGCUCCUGCUACAACUUUAACACCAAAGGAAAUUACUAUGGCUUCUGCAAACGCACCUCCACUUCCUACAUCCCCUGCCAGCAGCAAGACAUCUUGUGUGGAAAGCUCUACUGUGAAGGGGGCAAUGCCAACUCAAACUACGGCACCACAGUCACUAUCAGCAACUGCAAGGCAUCAUUUUUUGGUGAUUACACCAAAGACUACGGACAAGUGGACACAGGGACUAAAUGCGGCAAUGGAAAGGUGUGCAGUCAGAACGAGUGCAUGCAGCUUGAAAAGGCUUACCGAAACACAAACUGCUCUGCAAAAUGUGCAGGACACGGAGUCUGCAAUCACAGAGACGAGUGUCACUGCGACCCCGGCUGGUUGCCUCCAAACUGCAAUGUACAGGAUGGAGAGUUCAGUGCGCUCUCAACUGGAGCAACUGUUGGCAUCGUGCUGCCAAUCCUUCUAGUGAUCCUGGGAGUCAGUCUUGGUGUAGCAGGGUUCAUGUGGAAAAAACGGCAAGGCCCCACAUUACCAAGAUCACAUGUUCAGCAGAAGAAGGAGCCUGUGAACAGCGCUGCUUCAUAUGCAAACCAAAGACCAGCCAUCGGUCAGCCAACGCCUGUCAGAGAGGCUCCAAGAAUAAAGCCUAAAGGAGUCCCUCCACCACCACCACCAGUAGGGAAGAAGCCUGCACCCCAGAGCCAAAACUAUCUAGCAGCUCGACAGGCUCUGAGACCAGUUCCUCAUCCGAAGGUCUGAUGAGUAGACGCAGCAGAGGAGGCUUCUUCACCUUCCAUUUGAUUCACGGAGCAGAGCCUCCUUUCACACAGCAAGCACAAACUGGACUGUUACGACCGUGCCAUAGAAUCAGGACUUCUUCACUCUCGUUUUAUUCUUUCCUCUCCGUCGGCUGAAUUUGAAGCCAAAUGUGUCACUCUGUCACGAUGACUGAACAGACGCGGGCCAUGCAGAACGGUUCUAAUUCUCAAACGCUUGGGCAUCAACUUCCAUAUCAUCUUAGAUUUGAUAUUAUAUUUCUGCUAGAAGAGGCCAUGAUGGACUGAAACUGUCUGAAUUGUUUUUUUUUAAUCUUAUCAGGUUUUAGGUGAAAAUACUGUGAAACCGAAUGUUUGAAUUUUUUAAUGUUUACAAAAUCUCUAUAUUUGCAAAUUGUAUUUUUUUGCAGCAUUUUAGAAAUAAAUGUCUAAAAGUUUUUCUUGAAAUAGUGAGAAAGGUUUGUGUAAAUUAUGUUGAAAAAGUAAAAUGUCUGCAGCUGAUGUUGGUGUCAAAAGACUGAAACGCAUGUCAUUAAUAUAUUUUUGUCUAUCUUGUAAAUGCAUAUUUGUACAUUUAACAUACUUUAAUUUGUGUAUGGAUUCACUUUACUUAUGGUGAAUACAUAUUUCAAAUAAAAACAAAGAAUGACUGGUUUUAAA